UACAUUCUGAAUAAAACUUAAAUUGGUCUUAAAGGUGCAUUUGUCUACUGCUUUGUUCCGGUUUGAGUAUACGGAAUGUUUUCUGUGGUGUGAUAUUGUCUCCUCAGGCCUCACUAUGCCGCGGCGUAUUUCUGAGGAGUUUCAUGGAGCGCAAAUAAAAUUAAAAUAAUUAAUAAUUGUGGGGGGGGGGGGAAAAUGGGGUGACUUCGUUGCGCAUGCGCGACUUUCCGCCAACUUUCGUGAGACUUGGGCGCUGGUCUCGCGGGAGCUAGACAACGGUUUCUUCACCUCCGCGCGCAGUCUUCAAGGAUGGCCGUUUCGGUGACUUUGACGACGCUCGCCAGGCCGGUUUGGAAGCCGAUUUUGCUGGCCCCUCGCCUGGUACAGACCAUAUCAGAUGUCAAUCGUAGGAAUGUGACCUCGCAGCAGACUAUCCCGCCCCCUGCUAAAUAUGGGGGGCGCCAUACUGUGACGAUGAUCCCUGGAGAUGGGAUCGGGCCAGAACUCAUGCUGCACGUCAAGGAGAUAUUCAGGCAUGCCUGUGUGCCAGUGGACUUUGAGGAGGUUCUAGUGAGCUCAGAGGCCUCUGACAGGGACAUCCAGAACGCCAUCAUGGCCAUCCGGCGAAACCGAGUGGCCCUCAAAGGAAACCUGGAGACAAACCAUAACAUGCCGCCUUCUCACAAGUCCAGGAAUAACAUUCUACGCACUAGCCUGGAUCUCUUUGCGAACGUGAUCCACUGCAAGAGCCUCCCGGGCGUGGCAACCCGCCAUCAGGACAUCGACAUCCUCAUGGUCCGGGAGAACACGGAGGGAGAGUACAGCAGCCUGGAGCACGAGAGUGUCUCUGGUGUGGUGGAGAGCCUGAAGAUCAUCACCAAGACCAAGUCGUUGCGCAUAGCCCAGUACGCCUUCCAGCUGGCGAAGGAAACCGGGCGGAAAAAGGUGACGGCUGUUCACAAGGCCAACAUUAUGAAGCUGGGCGACGGUCUCUUUCUCCAGUGUUGCAAAGAAGUGGCUGCUAACUACCCAGACAUCACCUUUGGCAGCAUGAUUGUAGACAACACCACCAUGCAGCUGGUCUCCCGCCCGCAGCAGUUUGACGUCAUGGUCAUGCCUAACCUCUACGGCAACAUCGUCAACAAUGUCUGCGCCGGACUGGUCGGGGGCCCGGGCUUGGUGCCGGGUGCCAAUUACGGACGUGACUAUGCCGUUUUCGAAACGGCUACUCGCAAUACGGGCAAGAGCAUCGCCAACAAGAACAUCGCGAACCCUACGGCGAUGCUGCUCGCCAGCUGCAUGAUGCUGGACCAUCUCAAGCUACACAGCUACGCCUCCAUGAUCCGCAAGGCAGUCCUGGCUUCCUUGGAUGAUUUGAAGACCCACACACCAGAUAUCGGAGGGCAGGGGACGACUUCGGAGGCUGUUCAAUCCAUCCUGAAGCAGAUCCGGGAAUCCGCAGUUAACUUGGCACAGAUCCCAUCCUGAAGCCCGAGAGCGGGGACAACGAAGACACCCCUCCUAAAGGUGGGUUCGCCCCUGCUGUAGGAAGCCGAAGCAGACCCUCCGUUUCCAAACCUCCCGAGCUCUACACUCCGUCUUCUGCGCACAGCCCCUAAGCAGGCAGUUCCUUCUCUCCAAGGAAAUAAACACAAACGUGACGUA